AUGCGCUCAAUUGUCGCUCUCGCCGCUUUAGCGCUUAGCGGCUCAAUUGACCUGGCUGCAGCAAGCGCCUGCAAACCUCGUUCCUCACACCUCUCCUCUGCGACAAGCGAGCUCGUUCCUUCCGACACCACCUCUGCCGCAGCGGGCUCAGAGACUGGAGGUUCCAUAACAAUCAAGAGUGUCGUUGAAGGCGGUGGCUUCUCUGUCGUACCUCCAGAAGGUGGUGUUCCAGGUUUCACCGUCGAAGGCCAGGCAGAAAUCCUCAUCGGACCUGGGUACAAGGGAGAUGGCAGCAAAGAUGGCGGCUGUCUCUCAAUGAAAGCCAACAAUGAUGAGAAAAAGCGAGAUAUUGGCGCUUACGCUGGUGUGUCUCAGGCUCUCGAGCAAUUGAGUCUGACCAAGCCUUACACGGUUCGCUUCUUCUACUUGAUCAUCACAGCCCCGUCCCUCAACCUCUGCCAAUUGACUGCUUCUCUUGGUGGCCAGAAUUUCUUCCAGACAUGGAUCUUUAGUAGGGGCACUGCCAUUCAAUGGGGUAUGGCUCUGGAGCAGGUCACCGCUGCGCAGAGCUCUGCAGCUUUGUCUAUUUCUAUGAACUGUCUUGUCGGUGGUACGGCUCAGAUCUAUGUUGACUCACUGUUCAUGUCCAACCAAGUUACUCCUGCAACUAUCAAUGAUCACCCUCUUGAUCUUGGUGGUGGAUCAGGGGACACUGGCCUUACUACAUCGUCGCCUGUUUCUUCGCCAACUACCUCGAGCCUCCUUGAGACUACCUCCGCAGCUCCAGUUGUCUUGACUUCUGAUGAUUCUCACACCGUCGGUCAUCAGACUACAGACGCUGAACCUACUGGCACUCUUACCCACGAGCCUGCCACUAGUGAUGCUGGGGCCACUCGGAGUGAACAAGUCGGCACUGAGACAGACGCUGAGGCAACAAGUCAGCCAUACUCCCAGACCAUUUCUCGGGAUGAUACAGUGUCUAGCAGUCAGCUGGACACCCAUACUGCUACCGACAGUCAACACGCCACUCCGACAGGCCCAGAGACAAGUGAGCCUACCAUAGCGCAGACUGAUUCAGCUGGUGCGGAGACCCAGGAUCCUACUGCUACUGAGUCCAAGUCAACCGGCCCGGAAACCCAAACACACACCUCCCAAGAACAUGAGCAAACAGGUUCAGCAGCACAGGAUCCUCUCUCCACUGAAUCUUACUCAGCCAUCUCCGGCAAGCCCACUGCCACAGGAACUGAGUCAAUUGGUGGCGAGACGAACACACCCUCAACAAUCCCCUCCACAUCCGCUGGCAGCUCCUCUCCCCGCGAGACCUCAACAUUAAAGCCAGACGGUCCCGUCAGCCGUGUCUGCGCUAACGUUGGUCAGUCCAGCAUUGAAGGUCGAGGAUGCGGUAUGCAUCCUUACAACAGCGCCGGAUCCUACACCAGGUUCACAGGCAGCAACUACGAGGUCGAAGACUGCGCGGCUCUGUGUCUCGCUGAUACCAACUGCAAGUCCUUCGAGUGGAGCUACAACGGCGGUUGCCUCAACGAGUGCCGUCUCAUUUCCUCCUCGCUGAGUGAUGUCCCUGUAGGUAACACAGGCACGCAGUUCACUUCUUACGAUCGAAGCUGUAUCAUCCCCAAACCCUGUUACAAAUUUCCCGACGAUGGCAUCUGUAUCAACAAGAUGGCCGAUACACCCAACCGUGGCUGUCUCCGUCGUCGAGGAACCCUCAAGUCAUGUGCCAAGGAAUUUGCCACUUUGACAGUACAACCCUGUGGCGGAGGCGACCAGUGCAGAGAUAUGUGUUCUAUGUACCCCGACUGCCAAUCCUUUUCCUACACUUCUUUGAAGCAGCAAGGGAACUGUAAGCUCUUCUCUGGUACCACGAACGAGAUCACUGAGGAGGGCGGUUCGGAGUACUUCUCGGAUAUUGGCUGUUUUGCUUGUGGUAAGAACAUGGGCUUUUCUACCUAUGCUCUUACUACCAACGAUGUUGUUGCCCUCCCCGAUAUGACAUGUCGAGCUCCUACUAAGCAGGUGACUGAUACCCCCACAACCUUGCAGACAAGGACGUCUCAGGCUGUGGAGCAUACUACAUCUCAAGUUGUAGAGGACACCACUUCUCAAGCUUCGGAGCACACUACCUCUGAAUCAGCUACGACAAAGGAACAGCCGACCCCCACUGAGGCUUCACUAAGCUCUACAUCCGGAGUGAAGAUCUGCCCUUCAUCCAUCGCAGCCCCAGGACUUUGCAAAGCCAAGGCAAACCUCCCCACCCAAACAGUUUCCCUCCCUGGAAUAAUAGACCACUGGCCUCAAAGCGACAACGACGUCGAGCCAGCCGUCCAGCGAACCUGUAAUGCCUUUGGCGACUUAAAAGGGGGCUGGUCUGGACAGACUCGUCAGUACAACCCCAGACAGAACACCAUGGAGGACUGCGCUCUGUUAUGUCGCCAGAAUGGAAACUGCGAGGCUUUCGGUCUCGAUAAUGUCAGUGAGCCGGGCGUGACGACCUGUGCGUUGGUUCCGUAUAAACUGGCUACAGAGGGUAUCAAUAUCGGUGCUCCAUACUCAUUCAUGUGGAGCGAUCUUGACUGCUACGAGUGUGAGGAGUGCGUGGCUGAGUGA